GCACUUCCUGUUUGUUGUUGGAGAAAGGAGAGAAAGGAAAGCGCGAGGAGCAGCCGUCACCGUCACCAGCGCCGCCGCGCCGGAGCCGAGGGAGACCGGGCCCCUUCCCGCCGCGCCGUCCCGCCGUCGGCCCCGCGUCCUCGGACUUGUUCCAGCAGCCUGUUAAAACAUGGUGGAUUACUAUGAAGUUCUAGGCGUGCAGAGACAUGCCUCAGCCGAGGAUAUUAAAAAGGCAUAUCGGAAACUGGCACUGAAGUGGCAUCCAGAUAAAAAUCCUGAGAAUAAAGAAGAAGCAGAGAGAAAAUUUAAACAAGUAGCUGAAGCGUAUGAGGUGUUAUCAGAUGCUAAAAAACGGGACAUCUAUGACAAGUACGGCAAAGAAGGAUUAAACGGUGGAGGUGGAGGUGGAAGUCACUUUGACAGUCCGUUUGAGUUUGGCUUCACAUUCCGUAACCCAGAUGACGUCUUCAGGGAAUUUUUUGGUGGAAGGGACCCGUUUUCAUUCGAAUUCUUUGAAGACCCAUUUGAAGACUUUUUUGGUAGUCGAAGGGGCCCCCGCGGAAGCAGAAACCGAGGCACAGGGUCGUUUUUCUCUGCCUUCAGUGGAUUUCCAUCUUUUGGAGGAGGAUUUCCUUCCUUUGAUACAGGAUUUACUUCCUUUGGUUCACUGGGUCAUGGGGGCCUCACUUCGUUCUCUUCCACGGCAUUUGGUGGUAGUGGGAUGGGCAACUUCAAAUCUAUAUCAACUUCUACUAAAACCGUUAAUGGCAGAAAAAUCACUACAAAGAGAAUUGUCGAGAAUGGUCAAGAAAGAGUAGAAGUUGAAGAAGAUGGCCAGUUAAAGUCUCUAACGAUAAAUGGUGUAGCAGACGAGGACGCCUUCGAGGAAGAGUGCAGGCGAAGAGGCCAGAAUGCGCUGCCCUCCCAGCCCGCCAGCACCAGCGUCCGCUCGCUGAGGUCGCACAGGCCUGCCUCUCUACCCAAACACACAUCUCACUAUGUUUUUGAGGACGAGGACGAGCAAGGCAGACAUCGGGCCACGAGCAACUGGGAUCCCUCCAUGUUCUCAGCAGCCCGAACGGUCAUUGUUUAGGGAGCUCUGGCAGUGGUGUGGCUGUGGGUGAGUGUGAUCUGGAUUUGACUUGCUGGCAUUUGUGUUUUGUGAACAUGCUGUUACGUUAAAUCACUAACCUCCUGUGAGACCCACUCCGCUUCAUCUGAGAGGAUAGGGCCUGCCUCUCGGAGCCAGCGAACCCUGCAGUAAGACGCUGACAAAGGAUUAGUGUUUUCAUUUGUGAAUGGCACACAUCCUGUGGGUCUGUCAAGAACAUCUAACUGUUAAAAGAGAAAAUUAAAAUUAUUCAACAUGAAAAUAAUUCAUGAAUGAGAGAAUAAAAUUGAUCCUUUAACUUUUUUUGCUUCUAUUUGUGUGGUUUGAAGAAAGCCCCUCACCCAGGAAUGCUGUAGCUGCUGCCCUGUGCAAAGCGGAGCAUGGCGCUCACGGGGCUAAUGCGCGUAGUUAACCUGGGGUGGCUUUGACCGCUUUUGAAGUUUGUCUUUUUAAAGAAACUAACUUACGCAUCUAUACCUGCUUCUCUUAUAAAACUUUUAGCAGUUCUUUAGAAGGUGUUUUUUCUCUAUGGGACCUAUAACAAACCUGGUCGUUGCCGUGGGAACUCUUGGACAAGUCUGUGAGGGUCAGUCUGAGGUAGGGCUGCCGGGUGUCGGAUGUUCCAGACCCGCUGGGAGCGAAGGGAACAGCCGCCUCGGGUGCUGCUCGAGUGCAUUUCCUCUGUAGGGAGUUCGGGGGACAGGAAGACUUCCUUUUUCUUGGUUGUUUUUUACUUAAACAUUGACCAAUUUAAUAAAAUACCAAAGCAAUUGUGGUUUGCGGUGGAGCCGUGUGCUCUCCCCUUCCCCACGGACCUGACCUCGUCCUUUCGUCCUGCGACGUGGGGACCUGCCUGCCUCGGAAAUCUCAGGGCUCUUUGGAAUCGUGACCCCUGAGAGUAGAUUCCUCAACACUAGAAAGGAGGUCUUUUUUUCUAAUAAACACCUGUAUUCUCUGUUCUGGGUCAGGGCCUUGGUUAACGUUGGUUUUGGUGAAGGUGGGGAUGUGAAAAGCUGCCCUAUUGGGUGGCAGGGCAGGUAGACUUUGGGUUUCCCUUCGAGGCUUGUCGACACAAGUGGCUAGAACCGGGUGGGCUUAGGGAGGGCCUAGGUGGGUUCCUGGGCUGUGGACACGGCCGCACUCUUGCAGACCCACAGCUUAGAGCGUUAGUCAUGGCAGAGCUGUGCUCUGUGUCCCCUCGUGCCCAGACUCAUGGGCAUGUUUCACUCCAUUCCCCUCCAUCUGAGGCCUUUGCUGCAGACGCAGUGUGUGUAGGGCCUGUUUGAAUAGGUGGGGACAGAGAUUCUUCAUUCAACGUCUGUUUCCUGACAUGGUUUUGGAGAGGAUUUCCUACCAGACAGACUGGGCUCCUAGGGUGAGUUAGACUUCCUGUUCUGGGUUCAGCUGCGAGCACUUGCCCCUGCAGUGGUGGGAGGACCGGGCCCUCGGGGUUGCUUCCUGCACCGCACUGUCUCGGAGAGAGAGGGUGGCCCAGGGUGACUCCAGCUCUGCCUGCCUGGGCUCCGGUGGGUGGCGCGGGCCUGUCGGGCCUGUGCAUCUUUGCCCCUCGGGCCCUGGACUGUGGCUGGGGGCCACUUGGGAUUGCCAGGCGGGCGCCUGCCGGGUGGAACGUUUCUGGCCGGUGGACCGAAUGUGUAGCAGCUCCAUGGACUGGAGUCUUGUCGUUUGUGCCGGAAUUCCUUUGGUUUGUCUGAGGUUAUCUUUCUGUGGUCGUCUUAAAAUUAAAACUGCCUUGUAGCAGAAGUGGCAUUUUAGUGAGAAAUUUGAGUGAGGAAUUGAUUCCCCAGGCCCCAUGCUGUGACAGUAGGUGGUCUCCGGGAAGGAGCCAGGGUCGCAGUGGAUCACGGGGACACGGGCUGGAACCUGGAGGCCCUGGAGGACAGCUCAGCCCAGCUCCACCUGCUGUGUGCUCUGGGGCUUCGCAGUCCCUUCUGGGUCAGGUGUGAGGAUUUCAUGACUGGAGGAAGUGGUGUGGGGCCCAGGUCAGGCCCGGGCUGUGAGCUCUCCAUCUUGUCGAGGGAGGCAGGAGAGGGUCACCGGGUCUGCCAGCAUCUGCGCCCCAGGAGCCCGUCUGCCGCCCUUGGCCCAGCCCUUGUACCGCCUACCCCACAGUGGUUCUUCCGGGUCCUUUGGCUCCCUCUCCUGCCCUUGGGUGCUCAUACUUGAAUUUGAAAGUGACAGUUGCAUAAAGGGACGCGUGGAUCAGAAUCUGGACAGCGCGGAGCUGAGAGAAGGACUGGACUUCUCACCUUGCUUGCUGGGCUUCUGGGGCUGCAGGACCAUCAGGGAUGGGAGAGAUUCCUUGUCACUAGGCGGUUAGCAGUUUUUCUUUCUCUUAUUUUCGGCUCCUUUUACAUGUCCUUGAGUCUGGGGGGAGGAAAAGAGGCUGUGCUCGUCUACCUGCAUGGGGGACCUUUAGGAAGUUACACCUUCAGGGAGUCAGAAGCCAGGAGGCCACUCAGCCCUGCAGUCAGUCGAGUUGCCCAAGUAAGCACAGCUGAGGUCUCUGAACCCCGUCCACGGUCCGUGUUCAUGGGGUGGCCAUGUCCUCCUUGAAAAGGCCUUUGCCUGCACCCCUCACAGCCGCCCUGGGGACUGAUCACAGGAGCAGUCGCUGUGGAGGUUUUCUCCAUGGAAGACCCAUCUGGGACUGCAUGUGGCCCUCCUGACGUCACCCUCUGUUAGUACCUACAACUUGUGAUCAGGGUGUAGUGCACACUGGCAGGUUCCAAAACCUGCUCCGUCCCAUUUUGAUGCCUUGGGGGAUGUUCUCUCUUCCUCUGUUGCACCCUAGCAUCACUGCUGUUUGGGUCCCAGGCCCCCUGGAGUCACCUCUGGGCUGGGACUGUGAAUGAGGCCUUCUGCCUGCCCCGCCCUGCCGUGCAUCAUGCCGUGUACACCUGUGUCACUUAGCCAUUUGUCUUCUUCCUCCCCAUUCAAAACAUCAAGGUGACUUUCCUCAACAUGUGGCCCUGGUGGCUUAGUGUUUGGCAGGUGGCAGCCCCUGUUCUCUGCAUUGGGCAGCCAGGCCCUUGGGCUGCACGGUACCCUGGGAAAGGGGCGGCCUCUGACGCACUUGCACAGCAGCCAAAGUUGAGUGGUCGGUGAAGGAUGGCAAGUGUGGGGCCCUCUGCCUCCCUGAGAUGGGAAUGAAGAGGCCCCGGAAGCCUGUUCGGUAGAGGCCCUUGGGCUUUGCGUCCCUGCUAGCCGCGGCGGCAGUGAGCACCUUGGAAGGCAGGCUUCCCUCUGGUGAUGGGCAGAUGGCGGUUGUCAGCCAGGCACCGGCCUGGGUCCAGAUCCCGUCAUGAGCGGCUGUGGGCACCCAUCUCACGGACACAAGGGCCCCAGUCCACCUGUGGUUGUGAUGCUGCCAGAAGGGACGUCCCAGAGUGGGUGGAUGAGCAUCGUGCCUACCCCUGGCGCCUGUUAACAGACUGUGCCGAGUUCUGUCUAGAUUGGUUGUGCUCUGAAGUAUCACCUUAGACUGUAAAUCUCAAGAAUGCUUUUAGAUGGUCUGGCUUAGGGGCCCACCUGUACUAAGUCACAGACCCACAGUGACCUGGUCUGCUUCCAUUCCUCUGUUCUGUUCCGGUCAAGCCAUUUAAAUUGAUCUUUUGUUACCUAAAUUCAACUUCUGGUCUGGUUCCUACCCAGCUGUGUGCUCGUCCACCCACAUCUGAAGGACUGAUUGAGCACACGGUCCUAAGCCAUUUCUGCGGAACUGAAGCUGGAGUUCUUAUUUUGGGCUCUGUGGACAGAUUCUCCAGAGGGUGAGCAGGGCCCGUCCGUCUGUCAUUCUCCUUUGGCUCAGUCAGGAAGUUGUUGGCUUUGAGCACACGACACAGGGAAAGUGGACAAGUCCUGUCCUCAUGUUGGAAAUGGGCACCUUUCCCACGCUGAGCACCCAGAACCUGGGAGAAUGAGCCACAUCCACAGCAGUCUUCUCCCUGCAGAGCGGACUCUGCUCGGGCCAGAGCUGGAGGAGGCCUGUCACCUAAGCCGGAGCCAGCUCUGCUCAGGUCGGGGACAGGGUUGUCAGUCUCCAGGUGGGACCCCGGGCCAGGUCCUCAGACAGACGUGAGGACUCAGCAGAGGGGUUAAGUAAACCUGGCUGCUGGGCGGGUGGAGGAGGGGCCUGGCCGAGAAUGCCAGCCUCUGCGUGGCUGUGACACUCUGGAUGACGUUACAGGUUUCCAGUGCGCGGUUCAGAAAGUCAGUCCAUGUGCUUCUUGAGCUGUAGGUGCCGCCCAGGUGGAAGUGAGGAUACAUGACUGUAUUGUGGUGUUUUGUUUUUUAACGUGGGGGAGUGUUAAGAAAUGUGUUUGCCUCUUACUGGGGGAGCAGCUGCUGUUCUGCACAGUGUUUCACAAGCCAUGUUUUCUUAGGAUUCAAAGAAGGUGGCAAGAGGAAGAAGCAGAA